AAAUGGCUACACCGUGCAGAACUGUACAGUCGCUCUCGCUGUCAUGAAAUAACUUCAUUCUCGUUUCGCCGCCGUUCACUUCGCAGCGGUUUGCUUCUCCGCGCCUCCCGCGGUGCAGGCAAACACACGUAGCCCGCACAUUUACACGGAUACGCGAGAGGAGCCGCAGAAAUGAGCGAGGAAGAAGAUACGCUGGUGAAAACUAGACAUGCGUUUGAAGACCUGUGUCGAGCUCUGAAUAUGGAUGAGGAGUCGAGUAACGGAGCGUGGAGGAGUUAUGAAAAUAUCAGCAAAAAUUACACUCUGGAGGGCAGUGAACUGCACUGGCUGGCGUGUGCUCUGUAUGUAGCGUGCCGCUCAUCGGUGCCCACUAUAGGAAGAGGCACAGCGGAGGGCAACUACGUGUCUCUGACCAGGAUCCUGCGCUCUUCACAGCAGAGCCUGAUUGAGUUUUUCAAUAAAAUGAAGAAGUGGCAGGACAUGGCCAACCUGCCCAAAGAGUUCCAGCAGAGCACGGAGAAGCUGGAGAGGAACUUCACCGUCACCUCCGUCAUCUUUAAGAAAUACGUGCCCUUGUUUAAAGACAUCUUCAAGGCACCCACGGAUGAAUUACCCAGAACGCACAGAGGCAGGAAACAAAGACGACAUCCCUGCACCGUCACCGAGGUCUUCAACUUCUGCUGGAUCCUGUUCAUACACGCUAAAGGAAAUUUUCCAAUGAUCAGUGAUGAUCUGGUGAACUCCUAUCAUCUGCUCCUGUGUGCUCUGGAUCUGGUUUACUGCAACGCUCUCCUGUGCUCUAGUCGGAAAGAUCUGCUCAACCCGGCUUUUAAAGGGCUGCCUGAGGACUUCAACUGUAAAGAUUAUAAGCCUGGCCCGGGUUCAUUAUGUUUCAUAGAGAAGCUGUGUGAGCUUCAUGAUGGGCUGGUGCUGGAGGCCAAAGGAGCAAAGGAGCAUUUCUGGAAACCCUUCAUUAAGAAACUCUUUGAGCGCAAGGUUUUAAAGGGGAAAGAAGACACGCUGAUAGGGUUUUUGGAGCCGGUGAAUUUUGGUGACAGCCUUGCUUCUCUGAACCGUGUGUAUGAGGAACACGUGUUGUCAUCUGGUUCUCUGGACGAGAGGAUAUUUCUGGGAGAAGCGGCCAGAGAAGACAUCGGCACCCCAGGACCUUGUUUGUGUGAAGGGAUAGAGAACCAGGAACGACUGACCAACCCCCUCCAGAACUCGAUGACAGCAUCAGCUCUGAAAGUGUCCACACCUUUGACAGGGAGAAGGUACGUGCCAGAGAGCAGUGUGGGUACCCCCGUUUCCAUGGCAAUGCAAAGCGUGGGCCGUCUGCACACACUGCUUACGGGAUUCAAAUACAGACCCAGCAUGAGACUCAGAGACCUAUUCAGAUCAUGUGUAAGAGACCCCAGUGAGUCCAUAGCAGCCAGACUGAAGGAAAUGUCAGAGAUUUUUCUUCAGAAUUAUGAAGGAACAGGAGACGAUAACAAGACUCUAGCAAGAGAUGUUGCAGUGAAGUAUUUUUGCUUGGCCGAGGCACUUUAUUAUAAAUCACUUGAGGUGAUCAUCAACCAGGAGAAGAAGAGACUUGGAGACAUGGACCUGUCUGGCAUUCUAGAGCAAGAUAUAUUUCACCGGUCACUGAUCGUCUGCUGCCUGGAGAUUGUCAUCUUCUCGUAUAGACCACCGGGAGAGUUUCCCAGAGUCUUGCAAAUCUUUGACCUUCCCGCUUAUCACUUUUACAAGGUGAUUGAAGUGUUGGUACGGGCGGAGGAGGGUCUUUUCCGGGAGGUAGUGAAACAUCUGAACCAUGUUGAGGAGCAGGUAUUGGAAUCUUUGGCGUGGAAAGGAAACUCCCCGCUGUGGGAGAGCAUCCGAGAAGCCAAGAACUGUGUUCCUGCCUGCCAGGAGGUAAUGCCUCCUCAACACCUGGAGGACAGUUCAGGAAGCAGCACACAUACUCCCAAGAGUGAGUUCAGCAGUAAUAUCACAGGAGCAGGAAAAGCAGGAGUUUCUCCAUCUCCUACAUCUCUCCACGACCGCUACAGCUCGCCCCCUACUGGCACGGCCUGUCGCCGCCUCUUUGUCGAUGGAGAUUCAACAUCUGAGCCUGCUCAACCUGUCAAAGUGGCCCAGCCGUCUCUGGUCAGCCCCAUUCCAGCUGGACAGACGGUGGUCACGAUGGCAACAGCUACCGUCACUGCAAACAAUGGCCAGACAGUCACCAUACCUGUUCAAGGAAUAGCAAAUGAGAGCGGUGGCAUUACAUUCAUCCCGGUGCAGGUGAGCGUGACGGGUCAGAGUGGGGCGGCUCUGCCAACGCUCAGCGCCCAGGCUCUGACGGGCACCCUGACCGCCCAGCAGCUGACGGCAACACCCACAGGCACAGUCCAGAACAGCCCCAGCCCUGCCAAACAGGACAGGAAGAGCCCUCAGCAGGGAACUCCCACCAAACGAGCACAGAAGACCGGCUCUCUCUGCCUGUUCUUUCGUAAGGUAUAUCACCUUGCUAGUGUGCGUCUCAGAGACUUGUGUGCUAAACUGGACAUCAGCACAGAUCUUCGCAGAAAAAUCUGGACAUGUUUCGAGUAUUCACUAGUGCACUGCACCGAUCUCAUGAUGGACCGACAUCUGGACCAGCUCCUCAUGUGUGCCAUCUACGUCAUGACCAAGGUAACGAAAGAGGAUAAGUCCUUUCAGAACAUCAUGAAGUGCUACAGAUCUCAACCUCAGGCCAGCAGCAGUGUGUACAGGAGUGUGCUGAUCUCUGGAAGAAAGAGACGCCAUUCAAACAAUGAAAACAUCCACAGACAGUGUUCACCCACUGAGGGAGGACAAGAACAAGCCAGCGGCGAGAGCAGUCCCGUGUCCAUGCGCUCCAACAGCACCCUGCCCAUUCCCCAGCCCAGCAGCGCCCCAUCCACCCCGACCCGGGCCCCUGGGGGCCCCCAGGAGCAGGAGGAGGAGAGAGGAGACCUCAUCCGUUUCUACAACCACGUCUACAUCAAACAGAUCAAACCAUUCGCUCUGCGUUACUCCAGCAACUCGCCAAAAAACCGGAGUGAAGCUCCUCCCCUCUGUCCCUAUCCAUCACUCCGCAUUGGCUCUCCACGUCGGGUCCUCCUGUCCCACAAUCACUCCAUCUACAUUUCUCCACACAAGACCGGCAGCCCAAUUUCUCCUCGAGACAAGAUCUUCUACUACGUCAGCUCCAGCCCAUCUAACCGGCUGCGAGAAAUUAACAGCAUGAUCCGAACAGGCGAGACGCCCACCAAGAAGCGAAGUAUCGCCCUGGAAGAAGAGCAGCAGUCUCCCGCCAAAAGGCUCUGCCAGGAGAAUCAGACGGCUCUGCUCAGACGCCUACAGGAUGUGGCCAACGACCGAAGCUCCUCCCACUAAUGAGUCCACACCCCUAAAAAUAUAAGUCACCCAAAAUCAUGUAUUUACAGACUCGAAAAGUCCUGUCCAUGCAUCAGCAGACAGAUGCUCCAAUAAUCAUGUUUGAUUACGUAGAAUAUAGGCAAGCCUGUAUUCUACAGAGAAAACAUUUUUUUACAAUAACUUACACACGUCUAGGUUUUAAUUGAUUUUUGUUGAAGCCACCAGUUUGCAUCAUUUGAACUUGGGUUUUAUAUAAUCAUUUUUAAAGUGCCUCUAUUGUGGGUAAUAAAAGGUUCAGGCUGACAUGCAUGCAAGGUCAAAAAAACACUUUCAUUGUCUUAUAAUAUGCAUUUAUUUGUACCUUACAAGAACGAUUUAUUUAAUGAAUCAUUUUUCCACGGCUAAUCUACCGUGAUCGGUCUCAUUUCAUCACGCCUGCACGCUUUGUGUACCGCGUUACCAGGAGAAACGUUAUUUUUACUGCUCCAAAGGCAUCUAGUGGCAAAGAAUGAAUUGCCAUUUUGACGCCAAAAAAACAACAACCGACCAGGCCAUAUGCUAGUAUUUCACGUUGACGCCAACGGGCUUGGGAUUCGUUUUAAAAAUGAUUUGUUUUUAAUGAUUUAUACACGAUGCACUUUCAUAUUUAAUGUUUUUAUUCGCUUAGAGCUGUGUUACACACUGCAUGAAAGCUCAUUUUCAAAAAUCCAUGAUAGGGGCACUUUAACAGUGAAAACGAUGUUGAAAAAAUACAUCACCCAUAAUUCUGAAAAUUCUGUCAUCAUCUGCUCACCCUGGUGUCCUUACAUGUUUAUUUCUGAGUAUAUUCUGAAAGAGUAUAUUCUGUAAAACACUGGUAGCGUUUUCAUACUAUGGCAGUCAGUGGCUAUCUUCUACUGUUUGGUUACCAACACUCUUCAGAAUAUCUUACUCUGUGUUCAACAGAAACUUCGAUGACAAAUGAUGACAGAAGUUUAAUUUUUGGGUGAACUAUCCCUUCGAGCAAAGUGAGGAAACAAGUUCAAUAUGGCAGCAGUUUGUCUUAGGAGGUCGUUCUCAAAGGGGUCAUAUGAUGCGACUUCAACUUUUCCUUUGUCUUCGGAGCGUCACAAGCUGCUUAUGCUCAUAUAAAGUAAUCCAUAAAGUUACAAAUCCGGCUAAGAUUCGUCCACUUCUUCCUAAAAUUUGCAUAACCCCGUCCAAAUGUUUGCGCAAAGAAAGAAGACCUAACUCUUAUACUUUAGCAUUGUUGUCGUGGAGAUGUCGUGCGUCUCCAAAUAUGGUAAGGGGCGUAACAUUUCCGUCACACAAUGAGUUUUGUAAAAAUCUGAGAAGAAAGAACCAACAAUAAUACAUGGUAUGUGGAAAAUAAUGUUUUUUUUUUUUUUUUUUUACCUUAAACUGCGUAAACACAUUGCAUCACACCAAAUACACAAAAUAAUAUCUUUGCCAUCGCCAUAUGACCCCUUUAAAUCCAUAAAAUCUCCUCGUGUUUCUCUAGAAAUCAUGUGCAGGGCUCCUUUUGAAAAGAGAUGCAUGAAUAUUCGUCAAAAUAUCUUAAAUUCGCAUGGGAUUAGAACGACAUUGUCAUUUCAUUUUUGGGAGAAACACUGCUUUCAAACUGACAGACUUCGCCCAGACUACGCGGAUUUUUUUUAAGCUAAAGGGUGUUUAGCAGACGCGGCGUUUGCUUGAAAUGCCCGGAUGUGUCAUAGACUGAAGGAGAUUCGAAGCACUUAAUUUGUUUGCAGAUCCUGCUCUGAGUUUACCGUGUGUGUUUUAUAAAGAGUUAUUUUUCAUAAAGAGUUUUAUAAUGUAUAGAGAUGUGCGUGAACUCUGUGGAUUUGCCGUCUUGUACGUGUGUAAGGCCGGUUUAUAUAUUUAUGCUAUUUUUCUAACUGUAGUUCGUUAGACGGAUAACAUCAGGUAACAAUCACGUUAUUAGUAGAGGCGAGUGCUCUUUCGAUGUAUUUAUUUGCCACGUUGUUCUCUGCAUGAAUUAGACGUGUUAGAAUCUUCAUUUCUGAAAGGAAUUUAUUCAAUAGUGUCCGCUCGUUAACAUAAGAUCACUUUUCCUUCCCUCGUUUCUGAAAAAUGUGUUUGUCGUAAGUGCCUUUUCUCCUGAACCUUUUGCCUUUCCUGAUAAUCUCUCCAGUGAGUCUUAACACAGCGGCCCAGCAUUAAAUUAUCAUCCAACAUUAAUAAAUUUUUUCUAAGAAAAUUGA